AUGGCAGACAAUGAGACAAACAUAAACUUUGCUUCUUUCGUCAAUUUUGAGAUAAAUGUAUAGUUAGGGGUGGAUUUUACGUUAUGGAACGACAAAUACGUUACCUGUGAUAUAUAAAGUAAAAUGGACGGAACAGAACUGAGGCACAUUCAUAUUGUGCCUCAACAUACGGAAGCGUUUAAACAACAACAACAAAGCGAUGACACGUUGCAUUUGCAUGACAAAUGUGUUGCACCGGAUUCCACCUUUAUCCCAGGACCUUGUCAACACAACAAGAAGUUUGCCUGUGUUUUCAUUCCUUGUGUUGUACCUUUGUUUUACAUCGGAGGAGAAUUAUUGUUUGGUUCUGCUGUGUUCUGUAUUUUGAUGAUGUACCUUGUGGAAAACACUUCAAGAAGUAAAAAAAGUUCUUUGGUCGCAUAUGUUGUUUCGGUACUCCUUUUCCAAUUGUCUUCAAUGUUUUGCCUUGUUCCCUUUCUAUGGAAGUCAGUAUUUAACCUUGGACUAAUAUUUAUUUACAAUGUGUUUAUUGUGCUAUCAGGUGGUGUUGGUCUCUUCCAGUUUAAGCAACUUCAACAUGAAGAGCCUGAGUUUAUAAAGAACAUGGAGUAUGUAGUAUACAUUAGCUAUCCAAUAGUUGGCCAGUUGACACUGACAGCUGUAUCAGGAAAUGUGUUCAGCUGGUCUGUGGUACCAUUCUUUUGUAUUAUUUUUGGGUUCCUUUUUCUUCAAAUUUUCUACCCUCCAAGUCGUUCUUCAUUUAUCUAUCACAAUGUGGCUCAUAAGGCUGGGGAGGAAAGACCUCUUGAACGUUUUCUUCUUAGCAGUCUUGAAAAGACACUGCUGUUGGUAAACUUUGUUACUGUCCCAGGCAGCAUGUUUAUUGUGAUUAACUUUAUGGAAUUCUUACAUAUAAUUACCUGGAUUAAAUUGCUGUUAUGUGGUGUUCUUCCUGUCUUUCUCUGUACUUGUCUGGAUAUUGAUGACGAGAUAGAAUUUUUAGAAUUUUCAAAAGAUGCUGUUGCCAAAGCAAAACUAGGAUCUGGAUUAGGGAGUUUGCUACUGUUUAUCAUAAUAUUGAUUUCAUCUGGUACCCUGGGUUUCCAUAGUCUGCCACUCAUUCUAGGAAAUGUCAUCUGUGGUGUAUUAAUUGUGAUCACCAGUGGAAGAGAAAAGUGGAGGGUUUAUCAGAAUGUUUUGUAUGUUGUACUUGGUAUUUUGUCUUUACUUGGUGUAUGUAUGCUGCCAUGGACACUAAUAUACUAUUUCCAUUUUUUUUCACUCCCUCUCUGGGGAGUGAACUUUCUUCUUGGACUAGUUUCUUGUCUCUCAGUACUGUGUGUGUUUGUUGUUUCCCUCAGUACUAACAGAGAGUGGAUAAAUCCUCUUAUAGUUUUUCAGUCCAUAGUUUUUGUGCUUUGUGAAACUAUCCUUGCAAAAGAAAGCCUCUAUCCAGUCUAUUUCCUCGUGGGGACCAUGCUCUGUGCUGGUUAUAUUUCCGAAAGGUUGCACAGUGUAGGCAAGCUCCAUUCCCAGUCCAUGUUAUUGUGUAUUGCAGUCCAUGGUUCAAAGGUACCCCUGUGUUUGACACUGGUCCUUCCCUUCAGACAGACAUCCUCUGUGUUGCUUCCCAGCAUGGUUGUUAUAUCACCUGCAUUACUCAUGUUCCUUUUUACCUACGUCGUAAGCAAGAUAAUUGAGUCGCCUGAGGCCCUGUCAAUAAAUGAAGGAUUAAAGCUGUGUAUGGCAUCAGCCGUUGUAACAGUUGCUGUAUACGAUGUGCUUGUGCUCCCUUUGUGGCUCUUAAUGACUCACAGAAUACCUUCGCCAGCGGAUGUUCUAGCUGGAGUGCUGUUCGUCUGGGGAGCCAUAUGUCUCAAGUUGUCCCACAUGCACUUUUCACACAAUCUCUUCCUUAAGAGACUUAACAUCCUUGUAGUGUGUGUGAGUGUUUUAAUGGAAAUUAUUCAACCAGACUUAAAUGUUUACAGGGUACUGCAAGGUGCCGCGGUGUAUGUGAUCUCAUUGUUCUAUCCAUUCUUCAGCAAUGAAAGCGUUCUAUCAUCAGAGGCCACUGUACUUCCUUGGCUAAUUCUUGUUGCUUUAUCAGUGCUACUAGCGGUACUGACUAAACUUAUAACCUUGGAGCAAGCGUCUUUGUUACAGAGGCUUGCUGUUGCCGCUUUAAUCGGCUUAGCGCUGGGUUUCAAGGUUUCCUCUGCGAUGAUGCCUCCAGCGACUCGUCCACUUCUAGUCAUUCUUUUCUCUGGAAUCUCUUCCACCGUUACAUUUUAUUUCUUGAUAAUAUCCUGGAAGCCGAUUUUUGGAGAAGCACCCCCUAAUUUAAGCUUGCCAUAUGUUCUUCUAAGUGGUUCUUUUUUGGCCUGCGUCUUGUCAGAAACUUUAACUUCUAAAACCCUGGAUGUAUCGAAAGGACCGCACAAACUGCCUCCAGUCUUUUCCAGUUCGUUCUAUCAUUUGUGUCUUUACAUUAUUUUGGGUUUGGGUCUUAGAAGAGAUACUGUGGCACAAGAAGAUAGUCUGGAAGAGAAGAAAGGAAAGCUUCCGUCUGGACUCGUUCUUCAGAGUUUUUCGUUUUUCUCCAACAUUUCCAUAUGUAUCUCGUUUCUGCUGCUUUUACUGUGUUCUUCCCCGGACUACUGGGAGCUGUGGAUGUCUCUUGCCGUUCUUCUGUUGUUAUUUCUGAGACCGGAAGGAUUGCCGUAUAUACGAGGCGUUCGGAUUCAGUUCACGCCAACUUUACCUGCGACAGUAGCGUUAGCUCUGUGUAUGUACUCUCGAACAGUAACAGAAGCAUUACCAACGCAACUCUCUUUCCUCUCAGUCACAGGUUACGUUUUGGAGAUGCUUUUGCUGGUCAGCUCCUUACCGACGUAUAUAGUUUCAGUGUGCGCGUUAUGGCGCGCCGGCGAGAUAUCAUUGGUUGAACAACAACUGGUUAUGUUUACGGCUCCCAGCAACGUGGUGCUUUUGAUUUACUGUAGCACCCUGUCAGCAAAAAUCUUAGGCUUUGUAGGAAUUUUCGCAGUCUAUUGGCUGUUUUAUCAUGUAAAGAUUACUGAAAGUAAAUAGAAAUUUUUAAAUUUGGAAA